AUGACUGCAAUGCAAGAUAACGACGCUACCACCGAAGCAGAAUUGACCGCUGAGAUGGUUGGUUGCGACGACUAUCACCUAAGAUAUCAACAAGUGAAACAACGGGUUUUACAAUUGACUGAGCCAGCUCAACGGGCAGCCGCCCCUGCUCUGAACGCUAUACAGAUGAAUCACACAAUGAUGGACAACAAUCAAAGAUACAGGUUGCCCAAGAAUGAGAUUUUCAAGUUCAGUGAUAGAGUUGGAAAAUUAUACACAGGGCGAUUGUGCAAUCUCGAGUGUGGGGCCACUGCAAUGGAGAAACAUCUGGGCUGGACUCUCAUCGGUAAGAAUAAUGAAAAGGCAUCAAGUCGUUCAGAUCCAGCACUCUUGACACUUUCAAUGUUUGCACGAGAAGCAAGUGUCGAACAGCUGUGGCGUUUUGAUACCAUUGGAAUUACUGAUCCAAUAGAGCAGAAAUCCAAAGAAAAUCAACAGCAAGAGGUAUUGACAUUGCCUAACAAUCGAGCUACUGCCGAGAGGAGACUAGCAACCACUCAAAGGAAGUUAGAGGAUGAUGGACUCCUCUCUGAUUAUGGAAAAGUGUUUCAGGAGUGGCUGUCAGAGGGAAUAAUUGAGGAGAUGCCUCAAGGGGAGCUGCGUAACAGAGCUCAUUACCUACCUCAUCGUCAUGUGGUCAAGGAAGGGAGUACGACUCGAAUUGAGCCUGUCUUCGAUGCUUCAGCCAGAGAUAAAAGUAGUCCAUCGUUGAAUCAGUGCUUGGACCCAGGGCCUAAUCUGAUUGAAUCGAGACGUGCUGAGGUUCUUGUGGAGACCCCUUGGUUCCAAAGAUAUCAUAGGUAUCAGAGGUAUCAACACUGCAGAGUAGUAUUUGGAGUGACUAGUAGUCACUUUCUGUUGAGAGCCACCAUCGAUCUACACCGGGAAGAGGCCAUCAAACGUGCGGGUUCUGAAGAAGAGCGUUCUGUCCUCAACCAAUUGAAGAAUUCUUUCUAUGUUGACAACUGCGUAACGAGUGUCAGCUCCAAGGAAAGUGCAGAGAGAUUUCAGAACAUCGCUACCUCAACCAUGGCUGAUGGAGGAUUUGACCUCAGAGGUUGGAAGUUUUCAGAUGAUGUGAGUGAACAGAAGAGCUCACCUGUACUUGGUCUGUCGUGGGACAAAGAUUUAGAUGUCCUACAAUUAGCAGAUUCACUUCUGAUCCACGAACUCCCAACGAAGAUUACCAAGAGGACUAUCUUGUCCAUCACCCAGAAAGUAUUCGAUCCAUUGGGUAUGGCAAGUCCAACAGUGCUUCUGCCCAAGCUAAUGCUGCAAAGACUGUGGCAGACUGAUUUAGAUUGGGACACGAACGUGCCAGAGACUAUUAAAAGGGACUUUAUACCCUGGUGUCAGGGAUUACCACUGCUGAAAGAGUUGAAGAUUCAACGUUGGGCAUUUGGCAAGGCUGAUGAGAAACUCUCUUUACACCUUUUUGUCGAUGCCAGCCAGGAGGCUUAUGCAGCAAUGGUCCCAGGAGAGUUGAAUCCGGCUGGUUUACCAUCGCGAGGAUGCAGCGCUCGUCAGCUAGUUGAUUGUCAGUGGCUCCUAGGUCCUGAGUGCCUAAAGCUACCUGCUGAUCAAUGGCCAUCUUCAUGUCCUGAUACAGACGAGACACUGAUACACUGUGAAUUGAGGAAAACACCCAUGAAGCUCAGGAAGUCUAGCGAGCAGGCUGUUGUCUUGAAUCAAGUCCUCAGUAACGUGACUCAAGACCAGGAGGGUCAAGUUCCUUGGUAUUUAAAAGAGUUCUCUGAGUAUUAUCGUAUCGUGAGACUGGUAGGGUGGAUGCAGAGAUUCUUACACAACGCUGGACGAGGAAAAGACAGCAGAACACGAGGAGAAUUAACUGGCAGAGAAAUUCAGCUGGCAGAGCUGACUCUGAUGUGGGUGGUUCAACAGGAAAGUUUCUCAGGUAUGAAAGACCCUCGCUUGAGUAGUAUGAUAGUGGUUGAAGACAAACGUGGUCUACUGAGGCUAAAGAGUCCUUGUCGUAAGGCUGUGAGAGCAGUGGUUCAGCGUUGUGUCACGCAUAGACGUUACAACGCCCAGAAACUACAACCUCCGCCUAUUGGUCUACCUGAGAAUCGUGUCCGAGAUGCUCGAGUCUUCGAAAUCACUGAAAUGGAUUUCGCUGGACCCCUGUUCUUGAGAUGUGGUAGUAAAGCCUGGAUAUGCUUGUUCACGUGUGCAGUCUAUAGGGCCGUGCAUUUGGAGCUGGUUUCCUCACUGUCCACGGACAUCUUUUUGGAGGCAUUUCGACGCUUCAUUGCACGACGAGGUAGACCUUCAGUCAUUUAUGCAGAUAACGCUACCAAUUUUAGAGGGGCCCGUAACCACUUGAAGAAGAUCUACUGGGAUAAGGUAGUUAAGGACAGUUCUGUCGAUGUGAUUGAAUGGAGAUUCAAUCCUCCUGCAGCUCCAUGGUGGGGUGGUUGGUGGGAGAGAUUGAUAAGACUGAUGAAAGACCUCCUCAAAAGGACACUUAAAAAGUCCUUGCUCACAUUCGAAGAACUAAUCACCGUUUUAUGUGAUGUUGAAGCAAUUAUCAAUUCUCGUCUACUGACGUAUCUGGCUGAGCAUCCUCACCAAUUGAUUCCUCUAUCCCCAAGUCUGUUUUUACAAGAAGUAAAGGCGAUUGGGGUACCUGACGUGGAUGCUGUUAGUGCUACUUCAAUGAACAAGAGACAACGUUAUCUGCAACAAGUACGAGAACACUUGAGACAGCAUUUUCGUAUUGAAUACCUGGGGCAAUUACAACGAAGAUCCAGCAACAACAAUUUCUCUAAAGAGGUCAAGGUGGGAGAUAUUGUUUUUUGUCGGAACGAGCAACAGAAGAGGCUGGAUUGUCCCUUAGCUAAAGUAAUACAGCUCUAUCCAGGCAGAGACGGGAAGGUCAGGGUUGUAAAGCUCAAAAUCGAAACUGGUGAGUUGACUCGACCUUUACAACGACUCUAUCCAUUAGAGAUUUCAACUGCUGAAAGUCCAGAGUUGCUGAAGAGGUCUAAGGACCUAGGAGAAAUAAGUUCAGAGCCUCCACUGAUGUCAGAAGAGGUAGUGGCAGAUCGUGACGCCACCUUGGAGGCGGAGCCUCCUUCUGCCCCUGAACCAAAUGGUCAAUCGAAAUAUGGAGUCAGUUCGCAAGGAACUGAGAGAAGUCAGGUGACAACUAGUCAUCGAGGACGUCUCAUCAAGCUGCCUUCUAGAUAUCAUUAA